AUCACUCUGAAGGGAAACCCUGGACCGAUUACCAGUCAAUCACUCGCCCGUCCCUCUCCCCCAGCCUCAGGCAAACACUAAUUUACUUUCUGUGUCUGUGGUUUGCUUUUUCUGGGCGUUUUACAUGAGUGGAAUCGUACAGUAUAUAGCCGUGAGUGGUUUCCUUCUGAAAUGCUUAUCUCGAACUGUUUCAGUAAGACAUUCGUAAUUUCAGAGUUUUUUCCCUUUCAGGCAAAAUAUAUCUCGCAGUGCAUUGAUGAAAUCAAGCAGGAACUGAAGCAAGACAACAUCGCGGUCAAAGCCAACGCCGUCUGUAAGCUGACGUAUUUACAGAUGCUGGGAUAUGACAUCAGCUGGGCCGCCUUCAACAUCAUCGAAGUGAUGAGCGCCUCCAAGUUCACGUUCAAGCGGAUCGGGUAUCUGGCCGCCUCACAGUGCUUCCAUGAGGGCACGGACGUCAUCAUGCUGACCACCAACCAGAUCCGCAAGGACCUGAGCAGCCCCAGCCAGUACGACACUGGGGUUGCGCUGACUGGUCUGUCCUGUUUUGUCACCCCAGACCUUGCCAGAGACUUGGCAAACGACAUCAUGACGCUGAUGUCGCACACAAAGCCCUACAUCCGGAAGAAGGCUGUGCUAAUCAUGUACAAGGUGUUCCUCAAGUACCCUGAGUCGCUGCGCCCCGCCUUCCCACGCCUGAAGGAGAAGCUGGAGGACCCUGACCCCGGUGUCCAGUCGGCGGCCGUCAAUGUCAUCUGCGAGCUGGCCAGGCGCAAUCCCAAAAACUACCUGUCCCUCGCCCCGCUGUUCUUCAAGCUCAUGACGUCUUCAACCAACAACUGGGUCCUCAUCAAAAUCAUCAAAUUGUUCGGUGCUCUGACUCCACUGGAGCCAAGACUGGGCAAGAAGCUGAUCGAGCCCCUCACCAACCUGAUCCACAGCACAUCGGCCAUGUCCCUCCUCUAUGAGUGCGUGAACACGGUGAUCGCAGUCCUCAUCUCCCUGUCCUCUGGCAUGCCCAACCACAGCGCCAGCAUCCAGCUUUGCGUCCAGAAGUUGAGAAUAUUAAUAGAAGAUUCCGAUCAGAACUUGAAGUACCUGGGCCUGCUGGCCAUGUCCAAGAUCCUGAAGACCCACCCCAAGUCUGUCCAGUCCCACAAGGACCUCAUCCUGCAGUGCUUGGAUGACAAGGACGAGUCUAUCCGACUGCGGGCCCUCGACCUGCUCUACGGCAUGGUGUCCAAGAAGAACCUGAUGGAGAUCGUGAAGAAGCUGAUGACCCACGUGGACAAGGCGGAGGGCACCACCUACCGGGACGAGCUCCUCACGAAAAUCAUCGACAUCUGCAGCCAGUCCAACUAUCAGUACAUCACCAACUUCGAAUGGUACAUCAGCAUCCUGGUAGAGCUGACCCGGCUGGAGGGCACACGACAUGGCCACCUUAUCGCGGCCCAGAUGCUGGACGUGGCCAUCCGCGUGAAGGCCAUUCGUAAGUUCGCUGUGUCACAGAUGUCAGCCCUCCUGGACAGUGCCCACCUGGUCGCCAGCAACACGCAGCGGAAUGGUAUCUGCGAGGUGCUGUAUGCCGCCGCCUGGAUCUGCGGGGAGUUCUCCGAGCACCUGCAGGAGCCCCAGCAGACGCUGGAGGCAAUGCUGCGGCCCAAGGCAACCACGCUGCCCGGCCACAUCCAGGCGGUGUACGUGCAGAACGUGGUCAAGCUGUACGCGUCCAUCCUGCAGCAGCGGGAGCAGGCCGCUGAGCACGAGGCCGCCCAGGCUGCCACCCAGCUCCUGGUGGACAGGCUGCCCCAGUUCGUGCAGAGCGCUGACCUGGAGGUCCAGGAGCGGGCGUCCUGCGUCCUACAGUUGGUCAAGUACAUUCAGAAGCUCCAGGCCAAGGACGUGCCAGUGGCAGAGGAAGUGAGCGCCCUCUUUGCUGGGGAGCUGAACCCAGUGGCCCCCAAGGCCCAGAAGAAGGUCCCCAUUCCUGAGGGCCUGGACCUGGACGCCUGGAUCAACGAGCCGCCCUCCGACAGCGAGUCCGAGGACGAGGCGCCCAAGGCCAUCUUCCACGACGAUGAGCAGAAGCCCACGCGGCACCGGCAGCCUGAGGCCGACGAGGAGGAGCUGGCCCGGCGCCGGGAAGCCCGGAAGCAGGAGCAGGCCAACAACCCGUUUUACAUCAAGAGCUCGCCGUCCCCCCAGAAGCGGUACCAGGACACACCUGGUGUGGAGCACAUCCCCGUGGUCCAGAUUGACCUCUCGGUCCCCUUGAAGGUCCCAGGGAUGCCCGCGUCAGACCAGUACGUGAAGCUGGAGCAGGAGCGGCGGCACCAGCAGCGGCUGGAGAAGAAGCGGAAGAAGCAGAGGAAGGAGAAGCAGCGCGAGGGCCGGCGUCGGCGCCACAGCUCGCUGCACACGGAGAGCGAUGAGGACAUUGCCCCUGCCCAGCAGGUGGACAUCAUCACCGAGGAGAUGCCUGAGAAUGCUCUGCCCAGUGACGAAGAUGACAAAGACCCCAAUGACCCCUACAGGGCCCUGGACAUUGAUCUGGACAAGCCCUUAGCAGACAGCGAGAAGCUGCCCGUCCAGAAACACCGGAGCGCCGAGACCCUGCAGUUCCCUGACAGAGAGGAGGUCCCUGCGGUGGAGAAGAAAAGCAAGAAGCUGAAGAAGAAAGAGAAGAAGCACAGAGAGAAGGGGCGGGAGAAGGCGCGGAAGAAGGGGAAGGAGAAGGGCGAUGACCUGGACUUCUGGCUGUCUACCACGCCGCCGCCAGCUGCCGCCCCGGGCCCCGCCCCGUCCCCGGAUGAGCCUGAGGCAGACGCCGUAGUCGCUGCCCCCAAAGAAGAGUGUGAGGAAGCCAAGAGGGAGGAGCCAGAGAACAACGAGGAUGACGAAGAGCAGGAGGUGGAGCAGAAACCUUCUAAGCAUAAGAAGAAGAAGCACAAGAAGGAGAAGGAAGAGAAGUCCAAAGACAAGAAGAAAUCCCGGAGGAAGAAGCCCCCCAGUGAGGCAGUGGCGGAACCUGUGCAGAAUGGCGCGCUGGAGGAGGAGCCUCUCCCGCCCAUGUCCAGCUACUGCCUUCUUGCCGAGAACUCCUACAUUAAAAUGACGUACGAUGUGCAGGGCAGCCUGCAGAAGGACAGCCAGGUCACUGUGUCCAUCAUCCUCGAGAACCUCAGUUCUAGUUUUCUUAAGAACAUGGAGCUCAACGUGUUGGACUCGCUCAACACCAAGAUGGUGCGGCCCGAGGGCGCUUCUGUGCACGAUGGUGUCCCUGUGCCCUUCCAGCUGCCCCCAGGCGUCUCCAAUGAAGCGCAGUUCGUGUUCACUGUUCAGAGCAUUGUAAUGGCGCAGAAGCUCAAGGGCACGCUGUCCUUCAUUGCCAAGAAUGAUGAGGGUUCCACCCAUGAGAAGCUCGACUUCAAGCUGCAUUUCAGCUGUACCUCGUACCUGAUCACCACACCCUGCUACAGUGAUGCCUUUGCUAAGCUGCUGGAGUCUGGGGACCUGAGUGUGAGCUCCAUCAGAGUUGACGGCAUCACCAUGUCUUUCCAGAACCUUCUAGCAAAGAUCUGUUUUCACCAUCAUUUUUCCGUUGUGGAACGAGUGGACUCCUGCGCCUCCAUGUACAGCCGUUCCAUCCAGGGCCACCACGUCUGCCUCCUGGUGAAAAAGGGCGAGAACUCCGUGUCAGUGGAUGGCAAGUGCAGCGACCCCACCCUCCUGGGCAAUCUGCUGGAUGAGAUGAAGGUGACGCUGGCCCAGUGCUGAGUGCUGCCGCGGCCACCACCACGGGGGCCCGCAUGGGCACCAUGGACAUGCUCCACCUCGCCUGUGUCUGCACGUGCUGUGUCUGGCCGUGCGUUUAAUUUAAGUCCUCUGCCGUCUCUGUGCGGACGUCCUGUUUAUACGUUGUGUUGGUUUAUUUUAUUACCUUUUCGACUCUGGCAAGAAGCCCUGACUGGUCUGGGGGUUCCUGCAGCCAGCGGCUCCCGGCCUGUUGCGGUGUCCCUUCUGUGCCAUGGCCGACUCGGAGGGGACUGCCGCCCCGGGCACCAGGGGGAGGGUAGGUGGUCCCUGCUCCCUCAGCAGGCAGGGUGGGGCUGACGCAGCCCACCCCUCCCUGUGUCCUCUCACCUCCUCCGGGUGAGCUCUUGCCAGCAGCUUCCGUAAAACCACCCAAGUCCUAAGACCCCCGAGACACCCUGACGGGUGGUGUCUGCGGCAGUGAAGGCCAGGCUGGGCUGGUCACCACGGCGGACAUCGCCGCUCUGUCCCUCUCAGCUGCAGAUGAGCUUCUGUCCCCACAGCGCUGCACUGGGAGGACAGUGCUGUGGGCCGUCGUCCCUGUCUGCAUUCCCGGUGCCCGCCUGCCGCCAGCCGAGGGCCCUGCGGCCACGGAGAAGUGCAGGAGUGCUGAGACGGGUAGGGGGCUGCCGCCUGCAGGCGGGGCGCGAGCCCAUGUGGUGGCGGAACAUGGUGGUCAGAAUCGCUGACAGACCGAUGGGGCCUUUGUUGUUCUUUCUGUUCAGUGUGUCUUGCUUUGUUGCGGGGUCCCCCCCGCCUCAUCACUGUCCAUACUGUAAGAUGUGUCUUUAGUUGUACCUGCAGCUGUCAGGAGGGGCCCUGGGGUGUAGGAGGCCUGUGAGGGAGAGGGACGCACCUCCUGCUGGCACCCUCGUGGCCUGCUCAGCAGCCGGACCCCGGCACGCCGCCUCCGGGGCGAGAGGUGCCUUGGGCUGGGCGCGGCGCCGGGCUGGGCGCUGGGGCCCUCCGUGCUGGCCGGCUCUUGUGUGACAGAGCUUCCCUCAGAGAUGGUGGUCCUCGAUGACGUUUAAUGUGUCCGAUGAAAACUGUCACUUUAGCAUGUAGAGUAAUCUAUUACAGAAUCCUGUGCAGUGAUUCUAGAAGUUUGAAAUUGUAUGAUGUGUUACAUAAGAGUUUAUUUGCUAUCGACAUUCCCGUAUACAGGAGAGAGACAUAUCACGCUGCUGGAAUGAUUUUGUGUCAAGAUGAUCCAAUAAAAUCGCAAAAC